UACUUCUAAGGAAGAGAACAAACUCAAAAAGUAAUCAAGAAAUUGCACAAUGAUAUCAAAGGAAGCUUAAAACAUUUUCCUUCUCUCCUGACUAUGUUUCCUCCCAUUUAAAAGCUUGCCUUGCUGCUUGGAAUUGCUUGGUUCAGGACUGAUCUUUUCCAAUUGCUAAUAGUGCUGAAGAAUACUUGAAAAAUCCAACCAGAGACAGAAAUGUGCAUGUAUUUUACAUGACAGUAUCUUAUUCAUCUAAAAAAGAAAAAAAGGAAAAAAAGGCUGGAGAUGCCUAAGUGUCCCCACUUGAGUUCCCACAGGAGAUUCACUAACACCCUGAAUAACCUGAUGACCUGUAGAGAUUUGCUGCUCUGACCAACAUCCCAGCUGCACACAAGAAACACACUCCUUCUCCACAUCAGAUGAGGGUGCCUGGACAAAGACAAUGACGUCUGUAUGCCAGGACAUAGGAAGAAAGCCUUCUGUGGUGUUAUUUAUUGUAGCAACAGGCCCUGGCAACGGUUAGACUCCAUGGUGAUAACAAGCCACCAAGCUCCCAAGAAAGAGACUAGGGCAUUCCUACUCCCUGGACUUGCAGCAAGGAGAAGCAGAUGGUCACCGUUUCAUCAUGGGCUGCAAUAUUUCUAACAGGGUCACUGUCGCACAGCUGUCUUCUGAGGAGCUACAGAACAACCAGGAAGCCGAAAGCCAGACUAAAAAUGACAGCGUUGCUGGAACAGAGGCUGUCCCCUCACAGGAUGGGGCAGCUUGGCCAGCAGGGACUUCAAAGGAUGGAGCCAAACCUGCAAAUGAGACCAGUGAGGGAAACUCCCUUGAAGAACUACCAGAAAGAUAUACAUCAUCUCAGAAAAGCAGCAGUGCACAAAGCACAGACGCACUGCUCACCAGCGAGUUCACCAGUAAGUCAUCACCCUUACAGGAAACAGAGAGGCAAAAAUCAUCAGACAUUCUUGAGGAGCUGAGGACACAGGGAAUAAUCAAGAGCCAAAGUACCACUGCCAGGACUGUAGAAGGGUAUGAAAACAAGAGAGAUGCCCUGGAAACAACACUGAAGAAACCACCAGCUAGGCUGGAAAAAAUUCAGUUUGGAAACAAAGUGGGUGAUUUUACAGUGAAGGACAUGAAGACUUCUGCUGAAGUGAAAAAACAGGUUAGGGAAGAGGAACUGAACAAAACACUACAACACUCACAUUUUUUUCCAGCAACUGAACACCAAACUGCAAUGAAACAGACUGAAAAGGACUGCCCAAGUUUUGAAAGUCAAGGAGGUACAGACACCCCUCAGCCCUCACCUUUAAAUGGUGAGCAUGGGGUACUGCUGAAGGAAGUAACUGCAGUAGAAGCCACAAACAAUUACACUGAGGACUCGGUCAUCAAGUCUGAAACUUACAACUGCAUCAGUGGAACAAUCUGGAUCUAAGAUGUCUUGCCAAAAUUAAGAACUCCUCUGCUCCCUGCAGCUGUCUUUUUUUGGGGGCAUAAGUAAAUGCUUUAUCACGGGGCACAGCUGAG